AUGGAUGCGGAGCCCAAGAAUGACAGCGAUGUCAGAUAUCGUUCGAGUUCACUCAUGCCGCCGCCCAGCCAUAUCGCGAAAUCCACAGGCCUCCUAGGAGGUGGCAGAAUGGAUUUACCCAAGCCACCAGCAAGAUUGCUUACACGUCAUCAAAGCUACACACCCGAUCCUCGUGCAAUGUCACGGCCACGGACGCGAGAGCAAAGCGAGGCCUUGUUCACAAAUCAUUUGGUGUACGAAUGCUUGGAUGACGAUGGUGCUUUAGAGGAGAUGCUGCCAGAGGAUAUUCCAGAGUCGACCCGGAAAAGGUUUGCGGAACACAUCAAGACUAGGCCUAUCAAGCAGGAGAGCCUCGAUAACCACACAGCUUUCCGAGGCCACAGUUCUAAGCAUGACGCCAAGGGAUCCGGACGUCUCAAACAUACCAGAGGUCACGACCAAUCUAUGCCAAUUGACCUGACACAGAACCCCGAGACCACUGCCUACCAGCGUGCGGACGUGGUCUUUUUGUCUGACGAUGAAGAGGAGUCGGACGACCGCAAGUCUGUAAUAAGUGUAUCAGACGGAGACGAAGACGUGAAACCGCCCAUUGAAUCUAUUUACCCGGAUGCUGAAAGGGCUAGCCCUGCUGCGGUGGUGCGUCACAACUUGGUGAAGAUGCGCAAUAAGUACCUUCGGUUGACCGCCAAAAAAGACAAUUUAAAAGCCAAAGAGGCAGGGGGUCCUCUGAGUCAGGAGGAAAUAAAGCUCCUGGAGCAAAUAGAGAGUGAAAUCUCCGAAAAAGAAAAGAUUCUCAAUGACAACCAAGGCGACGAUGACUUCAGUGACGAUGACGACGAUGAUUUCGACGGCUCUGAUGAUGACGCUCCCAACGGUCAUGUUGAAGAAAUAGAAAAUGACCUCGAUGGGGAAGAAAAUGACGGAAACGAUGUCAAGGAUGACCCGGAAGAUGAAGAUUACCAAGACGUGGUGGAAAUCGAUAAUGACGACGACCACGACGAGGACUGCCAGCCGACCAAGCCCAAGAAUCCAAAGAAAAGGAAGCAAGGCUCCAAGAGCCAGGCUCCAAAGUCAAAAAAGGCGCCUGGUCCGCCAGCCAAAAAGCGGAAGACUACGCGCCCCAAGCCCAAGAGAAGCAAGAAGCAGCGGGACUCGCGGCCAAUGUCAGCACAAGAGUGGUGGGAAAGGGAGUAUGAGAGGAACUCGGAUGAAGACGCGAUUCCAAACCUUCUGGUACCCAACGGAAGCAGGGACCCCAACCAAACGGCAACAUGGCAGCCCGGCGGAGCUCACGAUCAGCAGGUGCUCGACAUCCUGAAAGAUAUCGACCCCGUUAAUGCCCGUGCAGCAAUGGACACCACUAUGCUUCUGGACGAGGGCACCGCCACGACGCGCGCAGCCCAGCAGGCUCAAUUGAGAGCCAACUUGAAGAUGAUCAACGAUAGCAUGGUACAGAAGGACGCUCGAAAGGAGAUGUCACUGCUGCAGAGGGCCAUGGGCGCUUUCGGCUGGGGCAAAUGCAAAAUUGUAAACGGCAGGUAUCUACUUCCAGGAAUGAAGACUCCUCUUUUCAACCACCAGCUAGUGGGCGUUCACUUUAUGCUCGGCAAAGAAUUCUCACCUCUGGGGCCUUACGGUGGUAUUCUUGCCGAUCAGAUGGGACUGGGAAAAACGGUUCAGAUGCUGGCUUGCAUGGCCCAGAAUCAGGGAGAAGGACCCACACUUAUAGUAGCCCCAGCAGCAGCUAUUGAGCAGUGGAAGUCGGAACUGAAGAAGCACUGCACGUUUGCUAAACGGAUCUGGCAUUACAGUGACAAGAACGAAAACCAGAUUCCCGAAGUCCUCAAGAAGGAGAAGGUAGUUAUUGCCAGUUACCAGGCAAUCGCAAAAGCAUUCCCCUCUGACGAGGCUCUUCGGCGUAUCAACGGCACCAAACUCGGUCUUGAAGCAUGGCGGGAACAAUUAACAGAAAAGAUGGGUGAUGCGUUUCUUGUCGACUGGCAUCGAGUCGUUCUGGAUGAGGCUCACGCCAUCAAAAACCACCUAUCAAGGACUUCAAAGGCUUGCGUUCACCUGCGAAGCAAACAUCGUUGGGCCCUGAGCGGCACACCGAUACACAACACUAUCGAGGAGCUUUACCCUUAUAUGAGGUUUCUGAGAGUCGAGUGGGCUGCAGACAUGAAAGACUUUAAAAAGAAAUUUGGCGGAACCCCCGGUGACAAUGACAGCGAAAAUUCCAGGCUGGCUGCCGUGGUCCCUUCGCUCAUGAUCCGAAGACGUGUCCACGACACUUUCAUGGGUCAGCCCAUCCUCCGCAUCCCCCCUACUCAUCCGGUCAAAACCAUCUCUGUCGAGCUCUCAACGGAGGAAAAGCUGAUUUAUCACCGUCUGGAAGAUCGCUUCCGCGACAACUUGAACAGCCAUAUAAAGGAAGGCGUCAGUAGCAAGAAAUUGCGCACCUACUUUACCUACCUCACACGCCUGAGACAAUGUACUUCGCACCCAUUCCUGCUCGAGACAUCUUUGAGGCGGGACUUUGAGCUGGAGGAUAUUGUUUGGCUUCGUCAGCAGCUGGCCGAGGUGGGAGGACAAACUCCUCUGCAUACUCACAUCAGCAAGUGGAUAAAAGACGAGGAAGUCCGCAGAAUCCAGCAAGAUGAAAAUGGAGGCGAAGUCGGGGUUUCUGAGGCGCCCAGAUUUGGCAAGAGUGGCUUUGGCGGAGUAUUUGAGAUGAACGAGCAGCUCGAGCGAAUCCAAGCCGAGAAGACAAUUGAGGAUCUGAUCUGUCGAUCAUGCACCGAGCUGCCCCAAGACAGCCAAAUUACCGAGCCAUGCGGCCACACCUUCUGCCGGGACUGUAUUGAGCCGAUAGUUCACAACGCCGAGGCUUCGAACCAAGAACCAAAGUGCCCACACUGCUCAACUGUGGUGAAAACAUACAAGCGAAUGCCGAAGCCUGGCAAUAGAAACAAGAGGUAUGACGAAGAUACUGACGAAGAUGCAGAGGAGGAGCUCGAUGACCUAGGGCGGGCCCUUGGAAACCGCAGGAAGAAGGCACGCGCCAAGAAGGGACCCCAACCCGGUGAUGAUUUACUGGGAGUUCAACCAAAGUCCUCAGAUGUCGCCAAGUUUCUUGAAAUCUGCGACAGAACGCCAGACAAGCCGGUCACGCCUAGCGCCAAGACCACGGCUAUCAAAAUGCAGGUUCUCGAAUGGCUUCACAAGUAUCCAGAUGACAAGAUAAUUAUCUUUACUCACUGGGUUCCGCUCGCUCGUAUCCUCGGUCGAGUCUUUGAGGCAGAAAAGAUUCGAUUCCUGUAUUAUUUUGGCAGCAUGGGGAUGGGCCAACGAAAGACAGCCGUUGAAAAGUUUACAACAAUCAUCGGUCCGCUGGCGCCGAAGUUACUGAUUGCAUCCUCACGGUGUGGUGGCCAGGCUCUCAAUCUAACGGCUGCAAACCGAGUCAUCCUCGUGGACUUGUGGUGGAACACGGCAGUCGAGCGCCAAGCGUUUGGUCGUGUGCACCGCAUCGGGCAGACCAAAGACACGUACUAUGUCAAGAUUGUUACUCGCAAGACCAUCGACGAGCGCCUGCUCGACAUGCAAGACGAAAAGGACGCCAAGAUCUCCAAUACUCUGCAGGAUGGAGAGCACAAGGUGAAGCCGCUUACCCAUGCUGAUAUCCGCUACCUCAUUGCCGGAGACGACGACGAAGAAAACAACUUCAACAUUCACCGAAACAAAAAUCAUAAAGGUGACGUGACCGAGGACUGCAAUCCAGAUGAGCAUGGUGAGGGUGCUCCUUCGGACGAUGAGGGGGGUAAUGGUGAGAGUGGUGGUAGCGCUGUUCGCCAAGGUCAAAAGCGGCCGUUGGGGCCGGGGGCAGACACCAGGAAGGGCAUCAAGAGGCGGCGCGUCCCGUCCAAACGCCGACCCGAGUCAAAGCGCAGGGCCACAGACGAGGACGAUGACGAGGAUGAGGGCCCGGGAGGCAGUCAAGAGCAAGUUCUCGACGAGUCUCUGGGUGACCAGGAGCCGACAGACGGUCACGAAGGUUCCGAUGAGCCCCAGGAUGACAACGACCUCGAUUCCCCUGAAGAAGCCGACGGGUCCGACCUGGCGCUUCCAAGCAUCGAGGGAGGGGGCGAGCUUGUUGAUACCUCUCUUAUUCUUGCAGAUCUUGACGGAAAUUUCGGCGCCACAGAGAUGGAAAUGGAGAUGGAGAAUCACGAGAUUCCGGCCCCAAGCUCGAACCCCUUCGUUGACGACGCCUCAGAUUCGGAGGAAGAGUGA